UAAACCCAACUGCACACUCGUUUUACCACAGAGAUACUCGCAUAUUGCUAUCUUCAACUUCAAUUGUGCCAAGUUUUCCUUGUUCUUCCGCCUCUUCAGCUUCUAUUUGUAGUACCCUACCUAGCUGUGGAGCAGUCCCUUAUCGCAGCCGCUCUUUAUUGACGUCACGGCCACUUUCAAACACCACGAAAAUAUCGCUAUGCUCGGCACCCGGGCAGCUCGACAGACUGGGCGCUUUGGUCCACGAGACACGAAUUUGACGGCACGCCAAUGGACACGAGUCCAACCCUUAUUCACCAAGUCGUCGUCCCGGUCCGGGCAAGCAACGCAAAAUCAUGGCGCGGUCAGGACAGCAAGCCAGUUGAGGCGCAUUCUUAGCGCGCGCGUGGUGCUCGCGCGCCAAUUAUCAGGCAGGCCCCUCCCGCAACGCCAGUCAAGGCUUCUAAACUUUGGUUACCGCGCCGCUGCUAUGUUGGGCAGCUCGGUGCUUCUGAUCGGCGCCGGGAUCGUCGGCUUCUUCCUCUACGAUGCGUCGACCUACCGGCAGCAUUCCAGCCAAGUCGACCUCGACGUUUCAGCCCUCGCCCUCAGUCCCCGCCGCGGGGGGCCCAAGAACCUCCCGAUUCUCGAAAGCUUUCUCGACGAUGACGACAGCGAGGAGAUGCGCAGGCAAAAGGAGAAGCCGAGGCUCGUCGUCCUCGGAGGCGGCUGGGGCGGCGUCGCCCUCCUGAAGGAGCUCCACUCCGAGAACUACCACGUUACCGUCAUCUCCCCGACCAACUACUUCCUGUUCACGCCGAUGCUGCCUUCGGCGACGGUGGGCACCCUCGGACUGAGGUCGCUGGUGGAGCCCAUCAGGAGGAUCAUACACGGCGUUGGGGGCCACUUUCUCCGCGCCCGCGCCGAGGACGUCGACUUUUCGUCGCGCUUGGUCGAAGUGUCCCAGAUAGACUGCCAUGGCCAGGAGCAGAGGUUCUACGUGCCAUACGACAAGCUGGUGAUUGCGGUCGGGUCCGUCACGAACCCGCACGGCGUCAAGGGACUCGAACACUGCCAUUUCCUCAAGGACAUCAACGAUGCGCGGGAGAUUCGGAACAAGGUCAUUGCCAACUUGGAGCUGGCCUGCCUCCCGACGACGACCGACGACGAUCGGAAGCGCCUUCUGUCCUUUGUUGUAUGCGGCGGCGGUCCCACAGGAGUCGAGUUCGCCGCUGAGCUCUUUGACCUGCUCAACGAGGACCUUAUCGAGCUGUUCCCCCGGCUCCUGCGCAACGAGAUAUCGGUCCACCUCAUCCAGAGCCGCGACCACAUUCUCAACACGUACGACGAGUCGCUCUCCAAGUACGCCGAGAACCGGUUCGCGCGCGAUCAGGUCGAGGUGCUGACCAACUCGCGCGUGAGCGAGGUCCGCGAGGACUCGAUCGUCUUCACCCAGAAGGACGAAUCGGGCAAGAUCGUCACCAAGGAGCUGCCCAUGGGCUUCUGCCUCUGGUCGACAGGCGUCUCGCAGAACGAGUUCUGCAAGCGCAUCGCCAAGAAGCUCGGCUCGGCCCAGACCAACCGCCACGCCCUCGAGACCGACACGCACCUACGCGUCAACGGCACGCCGCUGGGCGACGUCUACGCCAUCGGCGACUGCGCGACCGUGCAGAACAACAUCGCAGACCACAUCGUUACCUUCCUCCGCAGCCUGGCCUGGAAGCACGGGUCGGACCCGGAGAACCUCCAGCUGCGCUUCUCCGACUGGCGCAGCGUCGCCGAGCAGGUCAAGAAGCGCUUCCCGCAGGCCGUGGGCCACCUCAAGCGCCUCGACAAGCUGUUUGCCGAGUACGACCGUGACCAGUCGGGCACGCUCGACUUCGGCGAGCUGCGCGAGCUGCUCAAGCAGAUCGAUAGCAAGUUGACUUCGUUGCCGGCGACGGCGCAGCGCGCGCAUCAGCAGGGGCAGUACCUCGCCAACAAGUUCAAUAAGCUGGCCCGCGCGACUCCGGGAUUACAGGCGAACGACAUUGUCGAUGGGGAUUUGGAUGCCGCCGUGUACAGGGCGUUUGAGUACAAGCACCUAGGCAGCCUGGCGUAUAUUGGGAACUCGGCCGUGUUUGAUCUUGGGCAGGGGAGGGGUGUGGCCGGUGGGUUGUGGGCGGUGUAUGCGUGGAGGAGUAUUUACUUUGCGCAGAGCGUCAGUUUUAGGACGAGGGUGUUGAUGGCGAUGGACUGGGCGAAGAGGGGUUUGUUUGGGAGAGAUCUGAUGAGCUUUUAAAGGCAUUUCCUGGGCGCAUGAUACAGAUUUAGAGCAAGCUGAGAAGAUUGGUCGAUUCUUGCGGUAGAGGCCGGAUAUAGGAUGGCCGUUGCUCUUAGGACGGGAUGCGACAUUAGAAGAUGAGUGGUUUCACAUCAUACUGACUGGAUUAUACCGGCGUCGAGCU